AUGGCUGCCGAACUCCCCGACCCCGCGCCCAAGACGACCGUCUUCCCCGCGUUGAAGCCCGAGGCGGGCGCAGGUGGCAAGACACCAGAACUUGCGCAUCCGGCAGGAAGGGCCAAGCACGGGACAUUGAUGCAAAUCGUCAGAGGCUUCACAUGGGCGGCCUACUUUGUGUGCUGCUGCGUCGCCAUCGGCACAACCCAGUUCCUCGGCGCGCCUCUGUACUACAUCCGACGCGACCUCUACUACGCCUACAUGGCCCUGACGAAGCAGUCGUUUGCGCUCCUCACGACGACCAUGACGCAGUGGUGGGGGCCGACCAAGAUCCGCAUCAGCGGCGACGCCUCGGUCGCGCACCAGAUGCGCCAGCAGCCCGACGGCAUGGUCGAGUUUGACUUUCCCGAGCGCCUCGUGCUCGUGGCCAACCACCAGAUCUACACCGACUGGCUCUACCUCUGGUGGAUCGGCUACGCCAACACGCCGCGCAUGCACGGCCACAUCUACAUCAUCCUCAAGGAGUCGCUCAAGUGGAUCCCCUUUAUCGGCUGGGGCAUGAUGUUCUACGGCUUCAUCUUCAUGUCGCGCAAGAUGGCCACCGACCGGCCGCGCCUCGCCCACCGCCUCGGCCAGCUCAAGACGACGCAGCGCGCCCCCGACGGCACCAGCUUCCUGAGCCCCAUGUGGCUGCUGCUCUUCCCCGAGGGCACGAACCUCGCGCUCAACGGGCGCACCAAGUCGGCGGCCUGGGCGGAGAAGACGGGGCUCCGGGAUGGCGAGCACGUGCUGCUGCCGCGGAGCACGGGCAUGUACUUCUGCCUCAAGGAGCUCGGCGACACGGUCGACUACGUCUAUGACUGCACCGUGGCGUACGAGGGCAUCCCGCGCGGCAAGUUUGGCCAGGACUACUUCACGCUCUCGAGCACCUACUUCCAGGGCCGGCCGCCCAGGUCGGUCAACUUCCACUGGCGCCGCUUCAAGGUGUCCGAGAUCCCGCUCGAGACGGCCGACGCGUUCGAGCUGUGGCUGCGCGCGCGGUGGUACGAGAAGGACGCGCUCAUGGAGCAGUACCUGUCGACGGGGCGCUUCCCGCCGCUCGUCGGCCACAAGCAGGACUACAUUGAGUCGGAGAUCCGGACGAAGAACUGGUGGGACUUUUCGCAGAUUUUUGUCGUCUUCGCGGCGUUUAGCCUGCUGUGUCGCAUCUUUGUGCUGCAGUGGGUGCGGUUCACGGGGGCGUGA